AGCAACCAAAGAAAGAAAGAAAAAAAAAACACCAGAUUUUCUUGCGUUCUUUAUUUCUUCUCUCUCACAUCAGAUACAAAUAUACAGCCGCAGAGAGAGAAACAUCUAAAAUUCUCUGCUGCCCAGAUUAGCAAAGCGGAGGAGGAAGAAGAAGAAGAAGAUAAAGGUGAGUGCAGACAGCAGACAGAGAGAGAAAGAGAGAGAGAGAGAGAGAGUCUGAGACACCUUUUCCUUUAUCUCUUGAAUUCAUCAGUAGUAUAGUGGCAGGGUGCAGCUGUCCUUUGAGUUAAAGUUAAGGAGCAAAUUCUGGUGUUUUUCAGUGCCUAAAGCUUGCUUGGUUUUAUACGUCUCUCCUCACCUCCUUUCUUCUUCCUCUCCACUGUUUUCUUCAUCAUUAAUGGCCCCUUUUCCCAUCUUUUAUCUCACCCUAGAUUAGUUCAUCUCAUAUGAAUUGAAACACAUACCCUUAUGGGGAGAGAUUGCUUUCACUUGAGUUGAUGAGAAGAUAGAGUUAUUAGAUUUUGUGGAAAUUAGGGAAUAUAUAUAAAAGUGCAGAAAGUUAAGGAAGAGAUGAAUAAGAACAGCAGUCAAGUAGGAUCUAUCAGCAGUUCAGAUCUCAUAGAUGCUAAGCUCGAAGAGCAUCAGCUUUGUGGAUCCAAGCAGUGUCCUGGCUGUGGCCACAAGCUUGAAGCAAAGCCGGACUGGGUAGGUCUACCAGCUGGGGUGAAGUUUGACCCAACAGAUCAAGAAUUGAUAGAGCACCUUGAAGCUAAAGUAGUAGCUAAAGAAUCAAAAUCUCAUCCAUUGAUUGAUGAGUUCAUCCCCACCAUUGAAGGAGAAGAUGGGAUCUGCUACACUCAUCCUGAGAAACUUCCUGGUGUGACGAGGGAUGGGUUGAGUAGACAUUUUUUCCACAGGCCGUCGAAGGCGUACACGACGGGGACACGGAAGCGGCGGAAGAUACAGACGGAGUGCGAUUUGCAGGGCGGCGAAACGCGGUGGCACAAGACCGGAAAAACCCGGCCGGUGAUGGUCAACGGGAAGCAGAAAGGGUGCAAGAAGAUACUGGUUCUGUACACAAAUUUCGGGAAGAACCGGAAACCCGAGAAGACCAAUUGGGUGAUGCACCAGUACCAUUUGGGGCAGCACGAGGAGGAGAAAGAAGGGGAGCUCGUUGUCUCUAAGAUCUUUUAUCAAACACAACCCAGGCAGUGUAACUGGUCCUCCGCCGCCGCCGUGGCGGCGGAGAGGAGCAUUACUUCCGGCGGCGAUGACCCGGCUAGUAAAAGGGACAGCGGCGGGAGCGGGAGCUGCUCUUCUUCGAAGGAUAAUAUGAACAUUCAUUCCCAUGGAGAUGAACUUUCUGUGGCGGUUGGUGCCGCCAUGUCUAGUUAUAGUGCCAUGGAGAUUCAACAGCUCAAAGCUACCGCCGACCAUUUUAGCUUCCUCCCUUUCCGGAAAAACUUUGAUGAGGCGGGGAUUGCAGUGGGGGCGGAAGCUUCAAUGGGGAGGGAAGUUCCGGCGACAGGCACGUGCGAAGGGCGUGACAUCGCCGCCGAUCCCCACCGUGCGCAUCACGUGACGACACACGACCCCCACCACCACCACCAUCACCAACUGGCGGCGGCAUUCCACAACAUAAGCAGGCCGUCACACACCAUCUCCGCCAUCAUCUCUCCGCCGCCGCCGCUCCACCACCACCACGCCUCCGUCAUCCUCGACGACGACCCCUUCCACGUCCCCAGAAUCAUACUCCCCGGCGAUAACUUCCAGCAAUCCCAGCAACAACAACAACAACAUCAUAAACUGGGAGGAAGGUCUACUUCUGAAUUGGAAGAACUCAUAAUGGGGUGCACUACUACUUCCAGUGACAUCAAAGAAGGCUCAUCAAUGGCGGCUAACCAACAAGAAACAGAAUGGCUGAAGUACACACCCUUCUGGCCAGAUCCUGACAACCCGGAUCAUCAUGGGUAGAAGCAAAAAAACAAAAAAAGAAGAAGAAAAUUAAAGAAAAAAAGAAACCAUCAUCAUCAUCAUCGGAUCCCACAGAGACAUGCAAGGUCAUUUUCACCAUCAUUAUAGUACUUCUCAAACACACAUAUAUACACCCAAGCCAAGGGACCAACAACAUAGUUCCUUGUUCCUUUUUCCCUUGUUCUUGAACUCUUCCCUAGGCUUCAACUGAACUAACUGUUCAACAACCCAGGUUGGAAAAAUCAAGAAAAAGUAAAACAGAAAAAAGAAAAAGCAAAAAAAGAAAAAAAAAGAAAGCCCUAGAAAGGCUGCUCUCUUCUGACAGAAACCAAUGUGGGGGACUACUAAAGACCCAAAGAAGAAGAAGAGGAGAAGAAGAAGAAGAAGAAGAAGCGAAUCCUAUAUUGCAUCAAAAUCAUAACCAUUAUGAUUACACUAUCAUCUUUAUAUAUGCCUACUAGCUAAGCUAUAACUAUAUAUUCUUCUUAUUUAUUUCUUCUUUAUUUUUGUUUUUUUUUUUCCUUACAUAUUUGUAUAAUUUUUUUCUGUUAACACCACAGGAUUUCUGCAAAGUGCAUAGGAAACUUUGUUUUGUCGAAUCUUACGUACGUGGACAGUCUUUUUUUUUUUUAGUAGAGAUAGAAUACUUGUUGGGAUAUAUAUAGAGAAUAUAUAUAUAUAUAUUUCCUUUUUACAGAAAUGAAAUGUAAUGCUGAUUUAUAAUA